AUGGAUCAGAAUGGACGUCAGGGUGUCCAGGUUGUCAUCAACGGCCUCUCGCAGCCGCACGAGGCCUAUGGCUCCAAUAUGCCUCUCCAGAAUCACUCUCGGUCUCUGUCGGUGGAUGAGGCGCUGCAGUACUCGUCCAUGUCCAGCGCUCCUGUCUUUGGUUUCGAUUGUGUCAUUCGUCCCGAUGUUGGGCGGCCGGCUACUACCACCUCGAUAAACCAUGUGCUUCAAGCUGGUCGUAACACUCUGAGUGAGCUAGAUGCGGAUAUUCAGUCAGGGCAGGACGAGUCAAGUCGCCUGGAGACGUCGCGGGAGUACCUUCAACAAUUGCUGGAUGGGGAGCAUUUGACAGAAUUCAAAUUCAAGCUUCCUCCUGUUUUUGGCCGCAGCCAACCUUUACGUCCGGACGAUGCCGACGGUCCUCCGAAUAUUCGCAACCAGCUCGGCGCCUUUGCGCGCAUGAUGCUCGAUUCUACAGACAUAGCCUUCAGAUAUCCCGAUACAUCCCCUCCCAAGGUCAAACCCGAGAAAAAGACAUCGGUCUCAAAGCCUACAGCUUCUUGGAAUCAGCAAGCAGCCCAGGCGAAUCGAUCAGUCUCAGCUUCCUAUCAGCCGUCUCCCUCGUCCAGCCAAAUAGCCGUGGUCAUUCCAUUCCAACCCACGCCUCCGAAAUACAGCCAGCCUAAGAAGCCAAAAGUGAAUGUCAAGGGUUACGACACGAUGACGGCUGUGUGUCUGAAGGACCAGAAGGAAGAGGCAGAUGAUGCUCUGCUGAAACUGCAGGAUCUUCUACACGAAGUAUUCGAAGCGGAAGAUCAGAUCGAACCAGAUGCCUCAGUUGCUCCGACUCCCGACAGACCGAACCCUAUAUUUGUGAAUGCAAGAUCAGUAGAGGUGCACGGGGUUGUGCUUUCAAGUGAUGCUCAUAAUCGGAUCCAGAAAGCCAUUCGGAAAGUGACUGGGUUCGACAGGCUACAAGACAUCCCCUCGGAUUAUCUCAACCGGAUUCAGAAGCUCUGCGAAAAGCCAAUAGUGGCUGCCCAGGCACCAGAUCUUAGCUUGAACGAUCCAUCAAGCGAGACUGAAGCGCAGGAAUGGGCAGGAAAGGUCGAGGAUGUACUGAAUGCUUUGCUCGCCAUUGGAACUCUUCUCCAGACCAUGUCUGGUCAUCAGACUGAACGUGACCUUUGCCCAGAAGAUCUCAUUGAGGCCAUUCCAACUGUUCUGAACCAAGCUUUUGACCGUUGCAUUAUUCCUGCCGUUGAAGCUCGAUCUGGUGGCAAAGAUUCCGAGUAUUUUUCUUUUUACUCGAGCCAAAAGCGAAUCAUCGGAACCUUGAUUCACCAGAGCAAGAAGGUGCUCGCUCUUUUUGCGGACUUCUUGUCUCGAAUUGAAAUCCCAGAAGGGACAAUCACAGCUGCCGAAUUCUUUGCAGCCAAGUUGAUUUUCGUCGAAAAUGCUUACAAUGACAAAGAUUCCACCAUCGGGUAUCAAAGAUUUGAGCCAGCAAGACGUGGAGCAAUGGACGUCCUUGCUAAGAUCUUUUCCAAGUACCCCGAUCAACGUCCGUACAUCUUGGAUGAAAUUCUUGGCUCCUUGGAGAAGCUUCCCUCUACACGCCAAAGUGCGAGACAGUUUAAACUUGCAGAUGGCAAAAAUAUCCAGCUUCUUACUGCACUUGUGCUUCAACUUGUGCAGACCACUGCUUUGGAAACACCCAGGUCAUCCAAAACCAAGCGUCGUCUGCAAGCUCAGACCGGUGGCGAGGAUGAUGAAUUGAUGGGCGAUGACGAAGACAAGAAAAAAGCAGUCUCGGACGAUGAAGAUGAGCUGGACGAAUCCUUGGAACGCUUGGCGGCCAAGGUCAACAAAUUAUACGACAAUGCGGUGCGCAGCGCGCAAUACAUUGUGAAAUUUAUAGUCCAACGUGCCAUGACAUCGACCAAGAGCGGCGAUCAACCCUACCGAAACAUCCUUGACCUCUUUACCGAAGACCUAAUCAACGUUCUUGGUUUCACCGAUUGGCCCGCCGCUGAGCUUCUUCUCCGAAUCAUGGCAUCGCAAAUGGUUGGUAUCGCCGAUCUCGACAAAAGUCCGGCCACUGCGAAGAGCAUGGCUCUCGAGCUUCUUGGCUGGAUGGGCUCUGCCAUUUCGGAUUUGAUUGCGACUGCCCAGCACAUGCUCCCUUCCUUGGAUGAUUCCGAAAGCGACCUCACGGAUGAACUCAAGCAGCAGUUUGAGGACUUUUCAUCCCGAGCGUUGCAUCCGCAGGACUUGAUAACUCCGAGGGGCCCAUACAGGAUGGCGCUCGAGUAUCUUUCACAAGACAGAAACUCCGACAAUUCGCAGCUGGCCAGUGCACGUGGCUACUAUCUGGCUCAUUGGGCAAAGACCGUCUGCAACCUAUAUUACAACUCCGACGACAAGGAGGAACUGGUCCAUGACCAUAUGACUGACGAAUUGGUGGUUCUUCUCUCGAGAUCGUUCUCUGAUUCUCGCUGGCUCGAGACACACAAACAAUUUGAUGCCAUUUCUAACAUCCAUGGCCGGUUUGCCUAUGUUUUGACAGUCCUAAACUCAAGCUUUGGCAAGGCUCUCGACACGAUUCUCAAAGUGCUCUUGAAUUCAAUCGGCAGCGACCAAGCCAAGGUCCGCAGUCGGAGUUUGAAGAGUGUUAUUUAUAUGCUGGAGAAAGAUCCAAAUCUCCUCGACCGAGAUGCCGCAGUCAUGCGCCUGAUUCUGCGCUGCACCACGGACGCCUCGCCUAUGGUCCGUGAUUCCGCCCUAUCUUUGAUCGCGAAAUGUAUCGGGCUCAGACCGAAGCUUGAGGAGGAAGGCUGUCGCAGUAUCCUCGCGUGCGCAGCUGACCAAACCGCCGGCGUUCGAAAACGCUGCAUCGGCCUGCUCAAAGAACUUUACCACAAGACGCAUCGGCAAGAAUUGAAGUUGGCCAUCCUUGACAGCUUCCUUCAACGUACUGACGAUCACGAGGACACUGUGGCCACGGCAGCUCGUCAGACUUUUGAAGAAAUUUGGCUGGUUCCUUUCCACGAUUCUAUUGAUUCCACUUCCGACGGACCAAAGCUAAAGAUGGCUCUUGGAGAGCAGGUCGGCUUGAUUGUCGGUCUCGUCCAACGCAGCGACACUGCCCUUGAUUCUCUUAGCACCUGCCUGAAAGCUGUGCUCUCGGACAAGUCCAAGUCCGCCUCGAUGAACUUCAAGGUCUGCAAAUCCAUGGUUUCCAUCAUGUUCCAAAGACUGGUUGAAGAUGCAGAUGCCUCCGGGAAGGAAUUCCAGCAGGCUCUCCUUCAGACGAUCACCGUGUUCGCCAAGUCGGAUGCAAAGCUGUUCACCCCGGACCAGUUGGAGGCUCUGCACCCAUACAUCGGUCACCUCUCCACCGCGGAUGAUCUCUUUAUCUUCCGAUCCGUUGUAGUGAUCUACCGCUGCGUCUUGCCCGAGAUAUCCUCUUCACACAACACUCUUCUCAAGGAAGUGCAGAACGACCUCUUCAAGAGUGUUGCUAAGCUGGCCCGUUCAGAGCUCAACGAAGUCAUGGCCUGCUUGUGGACAAUUAACGGCGUUUUGAAAAACACAGACAGAUUGGUCAAGUUGACGGUCUCCGUUCUCAAGCCUCUGCAGCAGUACAAGAGCGUUGAUCUGUCAGCGGAGAAGAAUGCCCAAGUUGCGAAUCGAGCCAAAAGCUACAUUCGCAUUGCUGGCUGCGUCGGUCGUCACUGUGACCUUGAAAGUUAUGCCAAUCACUUCAAGACCCAAUUCCCAACCUGGGGCGGCAAAACCGUGCCUGAUCUGAUGGUUGACUCGAUCCUUCCUUUCACCUAUUCUGACCAGCCCGUUGAGCUCAGAGUCAUGGCUCUAGAGAGUUUGGGAUCCAUUUGCCAAUCCUGGCCAGCCCAGUUUGGACGCGAACCUGCGCGGAAGACCUUUUCUCAAGUUUUCAAGGAAGAUUCUCCAGCGUUGCACAACAUCGUCCUUCGUUCAUUUUCAGACUUCUUUGCUAUGCAUGAGGGCAAGUCUGAGAAAAAUAUGCAGACCACGAAAUCAGACUCUCAGGAAGAUUCGACCCGACUGGGAGGCUCAUUGAAAGCCAGUGACAACGAUGGUGCGGCUGCAUUGAUCGCUCAACACUUUCUCAAAAACAUGGUUCAAGUGGCACAGUCACGACAGGAUGCCUAUUCGCUUACUGCCAUUGAGCUCAUUGCAAGUAUCAAUCGGCAAGGAUUGGUGCAUCCCAAAGAAUGCGCCGGCGUUCUUGUUUCUUUGGAGACAUCGACGGUGCCAGCGAUUUCCAAGGUUGCCUUUGACACGCAUAAGCAGCUUCACCAGCAGUACGAAUCGAUGUUCGAACGAGAGUACAUGCGGUCGGUGCAGGAAGCCUUCUACUACCAGCGCGAUGUCGUGGGUGAUUCGAACGGUGCAACUGCUCGACCUUAUGUCUCGAAACUGGCGCCAUUGUUCGAGAUCGUCAAGAUCAGCAACAGCCGCUACCAGAAGAAGUUCCUGGCCAAUCUCUGCGCCAAGGUCAACUUCGAUCCGAAGAAACUUGUCAUUCAAGGAGAUCCUCCUGAACACGUUUUGCUGGCGCGCUUCAUCUCUCAAAACCUUGCUUUCUUCGACUACGGUCAGCUUGCUGAAGUAGUCCCCACCAUUACUGCCAUGGAACGCAUUGUCUCGUCGACCGGUACUGUCAUUGCCCACGCCAUCGAAACCGAUAUCUUCCCUACUCCCAUCGGGCCACCAGUGCUCGAGACCCCUGCUGGUAUGGUGGGGCUUACUCCCGAGCUACAAAUGCAAAUGAUGCAGAUGCAAAUGCCAAUGCCGCCAAGCGCACCACAACAGGUCGACCCGCCCACUCUUCGACGAUUGGCUACAGCAGCUGCGUCUCUGUCGAUGCUCUGGGAAGCACGAACGUACCUGCGACGUCUGUAUUCAGUCCAUUCUCACACUAAGGACAAGGAUGGCAAGCCUGCCACGAAGGAACUCAACAAGACUGCGACCAAGGUGCACGGCGUGACUGGUGACAAGUUCUGGGAAGCUAUUACUAGAAAUAUGGCUUCGCUGGACAGCGAGGAAGCUAUGCUGAGCAAGUGCCGCGAGUUUUCUACUUUGUUGGCGAUUGACGAGGAGUUCAAAGUGGACCGCGACGACGACGCUGAUGGUGAUCUCGACGCACCGGGCGAUCUCGAUGAUAUGGCAUCUGGCCUCGGUGGAUCCCGGCCCAUGAAGCGCAAGAGCUCUGUUUCCAGCAUUGGGCUCAACAAACGGCCCAAGAGUCGGAAAGGCUCCGUCGGCAAGAACCUGAGUGCCGAGCCGGACGGCUGGGAUUGA